AUGGUCAAACUUCUCAUUGGUCAUGGUGCUGAUGUUAAUGUCCAAGAUGAGCAAGAAAAGUCAGCCUUACUUCAUGCCGCAAGAGUCGGGGACGUCAGUUUAAUUCUGACCCUCCUCGACUGCGGCGCCGCGAUUGACCACGCCGAUAGGUUGCGCUACACUCCGUUACUCCUCUGUCAACUUUACAAAACAGGCCUUCGAGAUACUCCCCUUCAUCAAGCAUCCAGGGCGCGCGAUACAAACGUGGUGAAAGUUCUCCUUGAAAAAGGAGCCUGUGUGGAUCCGCACCCCGGAUUUACGUCCCCGCUUCAUGCUGCUUUGUCUCAUUGGAGGGAUAUCAAACGCGAGAGUGAUGGUGAGGAAACUGUCAGACUCCUUUUAGAAGCCGGAGGAGAUCCAAAUGCGACAUGUCCCCGAGAGGAUGCUCCCCAACUCAGACACACGCCAUUGAUGAGAGCCAUAGCAAGUGCAUCGAUCACAGUUGUUAAGCUUCUGUUGGAUCAUGCCGCGAAUUUUAAACCAAAAAUCGAGCAAAAGUGGUCUCCUCUAAACAGUGCUGCCAACAAAAGCAUGCUUUGUGGGGACAGAGAAAAGGUUGAAGCUCUGCUAUCUCUCGGUGCUGACAUCAAUGCUUCCGACUACUACCUGGAGACACCGCUAACGGUGGCUGCUCUGCAAGGAAUGCUGUCAAUGGUCGACUACUUGCUUGAUCGAGGCUCCAUAGUGUCCGCUGAAGAUAUCGCAGGAAACACAGCAUUGUUUCAUGUCGCUGGUGCAGGAUACGAGGAGGUUGCUAGGCUUUUGUUAGAGAAAGGGGCAAAUAUUCAUCAUAAAAAUGCCCUCAUGGAAACACCGCUGUUUUGGGCUGCCCGGAAUGGACAUGCCACAGUGACUGAUCUACUUCUUACACGCGGCACCGAGGCAGAUCCGCGUAACAUGUUCCUCGAAACACCAUUACUACAUGCAGCCAGCGAGGCGGAUGCUUUCAAUGAGGAAAAAUAUACUCCCACGGUUCAUCUCUUGGUCGAACGUGGAGCUAAUGUCGAUCCGACAUAUCAUGACACUGACACCAUAGGCGUGUACGAUCUCUUGGUGGAAAAAAUGUGUCAAAUUUGA